UGUUGUUUCAGUUGAGGUCGCGUCUUAAGAUUGUAUACACAUAGAUUGUUUUCUUACGAGUACAGCUGUCACGAAUUUGGUUGUUUUUGUUUAAUUUAUGAUUAACGUUUUUAAAAAUUGCUAAACAAUGAGUGAUAAUAAUAACAAUACAGAUAAAUCGGUGAAAUCUGCGAUCCCCAAAUGGAUAGAAGCGAAAUUAUUUGAAGAUGCCUUAAAGGAGGCGGAACCACAAUUUCAAAGUAUAGAAGAAUUUAAGAUUGAACCAGCAUUAGCUCCAGGAGAAAAUUACAUCAGUCUUAUGCUCAAGGCGGAAUUUGUAAUUAAGCUUAAAGAUGACUCUGUGAAGGCAGUAAGUUUCAUGUUGAAAGUAUGCAAUGACUCUGAAGUUUUACGUAAAAUGACAAAGGAGCACAAUGUAUUUGAUAUCGAAGCAGGAAUGUAUCGCGAUGUCGUUCCUGAGUUGGAGCAGAUUUUACGCAGUGCGGGAAUCAAUGCAAGAUUUGGAGCUCGAACAUAUUCUUUGCCAACAGAAGAAUCUUAUAUAUUGUUGGAAAAUUUAAAAGAGUAUGGCUUUAGUAAUACCAAUCGUUUGGAAGGAUUAGACAUGCCACACAUUCAAAGUGUUCUCAAAAAAUUGGCCCAAUGGCAUGCUGCUUCUGCCUUCAGAGUUGUCACUAAGGGCAAAUAUGCGGAUGCAUAUUCCAAAGGAUAUUUGAAACCCGAAUCUUAUGAAAUGUUUAAGGAAAUGUACAACAAUGUUGCCCCCAUAAUAUUAGAUUGUAUUAGACAAUACUCCAACUUCGAUGUUUACUAUGACCAAAUUUCAAAAUUAAUGCCUCAAAUGACAGAUGAGCUAUUUAAGGCGGUUGGCAUAGGUGCCAAAGAGGACGAUGAAGAAUUUAAGGUUCUUAACCAUGGCGACGCAUGGUCGAACAACAUCAUGUUCCAAUAUGAUGAGGAAAGCGGUGAUAUUAGUGAGACCUAUUUGGUUGAUUACCAGAUACCACUCUUCACCUCACCGGCACAGGAUUUAUGGUACCUCAUUAUGACAUCCUGCAAAUAUGAGAUAAAACUAGCCAAGUUUGAAGAGAUGAUUGCUUUUUAUCACAAGCAUUUGGAUAAAUAUCUGCGAAUACUAAAGUACCCCAAGAAGAUACCAACCCUAAAGGAUUUGCAUUGUAUGUUGCUCAAACAAGGAGUUUGGGCAUUUUCGACUGCUAUGAACGUGAUGGCCAUAGUAUUGUGUGAUCGCACUGAAGAUGCCAACAUGGAUAAUUUCAUAUCUGAGACCGAGUCGGGUUUAGCAUUCAAGAAGCUAAUGUAUACUAAUGCCCGAUAUCGUAAACAUAUGGAGGCAAUUUUACCAUGGCUAUUAAACCGAGGCCUACUUGAAUGUACACAAUAGAGAUUUGCAUACCCUACACCGACACUGUGUUUCAGGGUAUUAUAGCUAUGAGCAUUUUUUUGCAAUGCUAACAAGGAGAUGAGCUAAACCCAUUGUUAGGUAUACCGAUUGGUUAAGAAUCACUUUUUGAUUCGAUUUAGUUAUGUCCGUCAGUCUGUCCAUAAUCUAUCUGUCCAUGUAUACUUGUGAUCAAGGUACAGCUCGUUGUUGUUCGAUUUUCUGGUUAGGGCAGAAUUUUAUUGAUUUGGAAACAAAUCGGUUCUGAUUUAGAAAUAGCUCCCAUAUACAUAUAUAUUUCAUCCAAUAUGGUCUUUCAAGGAUGUAACAGCUUCAAUUUUUGUCCAAACCUUAUGCAAAUAUUUUGCACAAGACGUUCUGUUCAACGUCCCAACAUAGCCGCCAACAGGCUCGUAUCCAAGACUUAAUUUCGGGAGGGACCGCCCUCACUGUGGCCACAAAUCGAAAAAAAUUGCUGCCCAAGCCCUCGAUAUGGAUGAGACUGCAGUAGUCAAAAUUUUGGUCCAACUUUACAACAUUUUGCAUGAGGUGCUUUAUUUGAAUUACAUGAUUUCAUCCAAAAUUGGUUUCAGAUAUUCAUAUAGCUCAGCUAUAUAUUUUUUAGCCGAUACGCCCUUUUAAGAAUGCAAUAGCCACAAUUAUCUUUGAUCGUACAAAAUCAGUUUUGUUCGAUAUUUUAAGAGCUAUACACAAUUUAAGUCUGACCCGAUUUAGACAUAGUCGUGUAAUAAUAGUAGUCGGUAGAACGGUGGUGUAGGGUAUUUUAAAGUCAGAUGAAAUGUUAUUACUUCUGUUUAAAUAAAUAUGUACACUUUUGUCAUUAA